AUGGAGACCCUCAUGGCCCUAUGGCGCGGCCAUCCCAAGGUUGCUCAGCCUCCGACCACAGAGGCGAGCAGCGAGAGCAGCAGGCCCGGGGCCCAAGAGCCAGCCCAGACUUCGAGAGCACGAUCUGAUGGCGCCGCCAUGCCCCCGCCUCCGCCGCCCACCAUCAGCCCGCCCGAAGACACCACGGCAGCGUCACCACAAACUACACCCAAGGCCAAGUCGGCCUCGACCUCGGGCGCCGUCCCGUCCCUGUCGCUCUCUGCCUCGCCCCCGGCAUCCGCGGCCGCCCAAGCACGCGUGACAGACGCGUCUCCGGCUCUGGCACCGCCCAGUCUGUCCACGGCCCCGAUCGCGACGCCCUCGACGCUGAUGCCGCCGCCGCCGCGCCCGCCGACCCUCAACAGCAUCAAUAACAGCAGCAGCAGCAGCAACCGGGCCCCGUCACACCUGUCGCCGGCGCCGGCGCGCGGGCUCCCCAACAGCCUGGCCUCGUCGGCGCGGCAGCCGGGCACGUCGACGCUGGCGCCGCCGCCGACGCACAGCGCGCGGCCCAGCAAGCCGUCACGCAAGGUGGUGCUGGAGCCCGGCCACUCGCCGCUCGACUGGGCCCGGUUGGCCAACGGGCCGGCCUCGGACCUGCGCAACCUGGGGCCCGGCGCCCCCUACCUCAAGGUGACGCCGUCCAUGCUCAAGCGCCAGACGGGCCGCCGCGGCAAGGACGCCUGGACCGCCCUCGGCGGCCGCGUCUACAACAUCUCCCCCUACCUGCCCUUCCACCCGGGCGGCGAGCCCGAGCUGCUGCGCUGCGCCGGCCGCGACGGCACCAAGCUGUUCGGCGAGAUCCACCCCUGGGUCAACUACGAGGGCAUGCUCGCCAGCAGCCUGAUCGGCAUGCUGGUCGAGGAGGGCGAGGAGACCGGUAACGGCGCCAUGGAUGAGAUGGACUGA